AGGAUUUCACUUGUGGAAACGGUGUUCGGGAUUUACCUGACGCUUGUCUCCUGGCUUACAGGUGUUCUCCGACUUUGGCCCACUUGACUUUAGCCUACUUAGUAUUCUUUCACCAUCAGGAAAGAGAGACAGAUGAAUGCACACGCAGGAGAAUUCGACCACCAGGACACUCGUCGUUUCAAACAUACCCGCAUCGGUAUAUGGGAUCUCUACGAGGAACGCCAAUCACGCAUACGAAUCUCACCAAUAUCGAAGAUAUAUGCGCCGAUAAUCUACAACGUUCCACUUCUAGUUCGCAUGUUCAAGGAUGUACUCAGCAUCAGACGAUGCUCCAUUCUUCUCCCCGCAUACCUUGUAGUAGAAGUUUUAGCUUCCCUCAUACCCGCUGUUUCUCUGUGGUACUCCGGACAAUUGCUCCGCCUUGUAGAGAGCGUAAUGGAAGCACGUACUGUGGACACAACGGUGCUCGUACAUUUUGCGGCAGCACAUACCAUAUGCGCAGUUGCUGUGCGCUUUCUCAGAUACUCCCGAGACUGCAUGAUACCUCGUCUGAGCUUGUACAUCAAACAAUCCUACAAUGAACGCAUGCUCCUCUCAGCCUCUCGCCUCGACCUGCCCGCAUUUGAAACACUUUAUGACUCGUACACAGUGCAGGAGCUCAGCUGUGGCUUGGCUCAUUGGUAUACUUCGUCAAUUUGGGACACUAUCGAGAUGUUGACGGACAUCGCAAUGAUACUUAUUCGUCUGCUCUCUCACCUUUUGGUUCUGAGUACAGUCAUGUGGGAACAACAGGAUGGUCUACUUCUCGUGGUUCUCAGUUUUUUGCAAUAUUUAUUGUCCUGGGACAGCACGGGAAAAACAAUGGUCGGAUCCUUGGUUUGGGCCGCGACAACGACCAACGAGAAUUUGAUUUGCAUGCAAGGUCUGAAGGGACUCAUUACUGGGCCCUCACACCGUCGAGAGUUUGUCGCAGGCAACUUCAGCGAACACAUUAGUGCACGAUUUCGCGAAGCAUCUCAGCGCAUUGGUCACGAUGCGGUUGAAUUCCCAGAACUGAAACGAUUUCGUUCUUUUAAGGACUGUCUGAGCAUCACAUUCAUCAUCCGAGAAACAAUGCAUGUGUUACCCCAGAUUGUCUUCUCCUUGCGCGUAGUGAUAAAUCCAAUGACCACUCCAGUCUCCUUGGCAUCACUCAUAUGGAUCAAACAAGUCUUUGAUCCAUCAUAUUUCUCGAUAUCCAGCAUGUUUUCCACUCUUGCGACCAACUUGACCCGAAUACGCGAUGUUUAUGAGAUAGAGAAUACACGAAAUCAGGUUGUGGAUGGCACGGAACCGUUCCCCGAGAAUCAACAAUCUCUUGCAAAUGGCAUUUCUGUUGAAUUCAAGAAUGUUUCGUUCCGGUACCCUGGUCGAGACAGGUGUGCUCUGCGGAAUGUAUCGUUCAAGAUUGAGGCUGGUCAGCUAUGCGUUGUCGUUGGUGUGAACGGCUCUGGAAAGAGUACGAUCUUGAACCUGAUCUCCCGCGUCUACGACCCAACGGAAGGCACCAUCCUUAUCGACGACCGUGACAUCAAAACCUUGAAACUUGCUGACCUCCGUGCUGCUAUGUCCAUCCUCUUCCAAGACUAUUCGCAAUUCCCCCUCUCCAUGCACGAGAAUAUCGGGCUUGGUAACCCUGCCCUUGCACAUGAGGAUGACAAGGUUCGCGAAGCCGCCCGUCUCGGCGGCGCAGAAGACUUCAUUGACGAGCUCCCUGAUGGAUUUGAUACCUAUCUCAACCGCGUCGUGGAUAAUUACCAUGGAGACCUUCCUGAAGGUACUACGACGCUCUUCGGGCAUCCCGCUGACUCCUCGUCACGGAAUGUCAUUGGCGGUGUCCAUGUCACCGGAGCUCCAGGCAUUCAAAUUAGCCGCGGGCAGGCGCAGCGGCUUGCAAUCUCCCGCACAUUCAUGCGGUCGUUGGUCUCUGAAACUGAGUCUUCUGCUGGCAUGAUGUUAUUCGACGAGCCGAGUGCCUCCCUAGAUCCUACGGCUGAACAUGAUCUCUUUGAGCGUCUACGGAAGUUGAGGGGCAAUAAGACCAUGAUAUUCUCCACUCACCGGUUUGGAAAUCUCACCCAAUAUGCGGACCUCAUUUUGUACAUCGACGAAACUGUCCAGGAAAAAGGAACGCAUGAUGAACUCAUGAAGAAAGAGGGAGAGUAUGCUCGUAUUUGGAAUAUUCAAGCGAAAUCAUUCACUCAAUAACCAGAUACCGAGACCACAACAAUACACCAAAAUAUUCUGUACCACUGAUUCUCAUGCAUAUGUUCAAUUUCAGUCACGUAGGUGAUGACAGGUGCCAUCAGACAACUGAUGUAUUCUUCCUUGCUAUUGUCCCGUCUAC